UUCUCGCAAUGAGUAAAUACGAAGACUAUAAUGCGACUUGCAACAGUUAUGAUGGCAAUCGUCAGCCGCUUGGUGCUGAUGUGGUUGCAGCAAUGAUUCAAGUGCACUGCAAAAGACCGCUCAAGAAUAUUCACCUUCUGGAUGCAGGAUGCGGGACGGGAAAUUAUGCCAAAGCUCUGAUUGGUUAUGGUGUUGGCAAGGUUACGUUGUUGGAUGCGUCUAGUGGAAUGCUUGAAAAGGCAAGGGUAAAACUAGCUGAAGCUAUAGCUGACAAUACUGUGGUAGACACCGUCGAGUAUAAGUUGCCAAAAAUACCAUUUGAUAAUGACACAUUCGAUGUCGUUUUAUUUAGUGUCGUCUUGCAUCAUUUGAACCCUGGUACUGGGAAAGAUGAUGACCAGCAUUUCGGAGAACUUGAGCUUGCAAUAGUCGAAGCACGACGAGUUGUGCGUCAAGACGGAAUCAUAAUUAUUAUUGCAUCAACUGCGGACGACAUACUUAACACCUGGUAUUACCACAUUAACAAAGGAAUAACGGAAAGAUUUGUCAAGAAGUUUGCCUCUGUUAACUGUUAUCUUGAUAUUUUCAAACGUGUUGGUGUUAAAUGUGUUCAAAAGAUGAGGCUUCUGGGUUCUGUUCUGGUAGAUUAUUUAAACCCAGAAGGCCCAUUCGACAAAACUUGGCGGAUAGCGAUUCUUAUUGGGCAGUCGCAAAUGAAAAUGAAAUAAGUGAUGUGAAGCAGAAGUUGCGCGAGUUAAAAGACAAAGGUGAGCUUGAAGAAUGGAUUCAUAAGCACGAUCGCGUAAAUACAGAUGGUAUUGUUACCAUGUUUAUAUGUAUGCUAAAUGAAUUAUAAGUUAACUACUAACAUGGCAAACCCGGACAAUAUUACGUCAAUGUACCUAACAUGUUUUUUGCUUAUCCUAUACGAGUAAUAUGUGACAUCAUUGAUAACUCUAUCUUUAAGCAAACUUUGUAACUUUUUAAAGGCGGACAUGAUCCACAGUUGGACGAUUUUCGAUUAAUAUAUAUAUUACCACUCCUGAAGAUCUGCACAAGCAGUGAAACCGGUUGAGUUCUUCUAUAUUUGUUAUUGGACAGA